AUGAAAUAUUAUAAAUGGCUUUCUUUGUGGAGUAGCAACAAAUUGACAAAAAAAACGUCCUUCCUUUUUUACGCUCAACAAAACAAAUUUUCAAGAAUAAAGAGAAAAGUAAAAAGUGUGAAUGGUGAAAAAAAUAUAUAUUUCGAAAAAAAAGAAAAAACAGACAAAGAUACAAUUUAUCUUACCACAGGAUUAAUAGAUGAAAAAUGCAAAGGCGAUACAAAUAAAAAAACAGAUAACCAAAUGGGUAAACAAAAUUUGGAGGAUAAUAAAAAUGAGGAAAUAAAAAAAAAGAAAAAAUAUGAACAGGUAAGGAAAAAACUGUAUAAGAAAUAUAAUUAUUAUGAAAUCGAAAGUGACCCACAUAAUAUCUGUAAGCAUGAUAAAGCUUAUGAAAAUAUUAAUGAGUUAAAUAUUCAUAAAAUGUUAUUGUUAGGUUUAAAAAAAAUGCAUAUAUAUCAAUUAAACCAAAUGCAAUUAAAUACUUUUCUAACUAUUCAACAAGGAAAAGAUGUUAUUAUAAAUUAUCCUGACGGGUCAGGAAAAACCAUAGCUUAUUUAUUACCAAUUUUGAAUAACCUCUAUUUUGUACAUGACUACUUAGAACAAAUUAUUCUAAAUAGUUAUAAUGACACUACUAGCGAGCGAAGCAUAUGUAACAAUUUAAUAGUUAAUAAUUAUAAGUGUAAUAAUAAUUUCAAUGUAUACGACGAAAUGAGUAAUUACUUACUGAAAUAUACUCAUUAUAAAAAUCAUGUAUUUUUUGAAGAUAAUACACUUGACAUAAACGAUAAAAUGAAAAAGGAUUUUCAUCUACUUCCCCCGUCUUUCGAUGAACACAAUGAAAACGUAUUUAUUUUGCCCACGGUAGGUAGGCGAUCAAAAAAAAAGAAAUUAACAAUUAAAAGAAAUAAUAGUAAUAGUAGAAGUAAUAAUAGUGGUAACAACAGCAGUAACAACAGAAGUAACAAUAGUCGUAAUAGUAAUAAUGCUAGGUCCGUUUUCAACUCGAACAGUGCUUCCAGUGGAUUUAUGGAUGCUUCAUGUGUUGAUCUCGACCAGAACACACAACUGAAAAAAGUAAAUAACAUAAGCAUAAUAAAUAAAUUAAUUGAAAUAAUAAAAAUAAAUAACGUAAACUUAAGUAACUUAAAUAGCGAUAAUAUAAAUAGACAAGAAUUAGAAAAACUGGACAAUAUUUUAAAAUACCAUAUCUCAGGGAAAAAAGAAUCUAAUUGUGAAAAGACAGCUAACAGCGCAGAAUGUAUUUAUCGGUACUUAACCCUAAAUCCAUUGCAAAUAAAUAAGUCUGUAAUUAUUCUAACCAUAAAUAAGGAUAACAUAAGUCAAAUUGUCAAUGUUAUAAAACAGCUGGAUGUUCUAGACAGGAUUAACGUUCAAACGUUGAAUGACGUCCCUUAUGUUAAUAGUGCGCAAGGAGUGGAGAAAGCGGGAAAAGAGGAAGAAGAGGAGGAAGAGUAUAUAAGAAAGAACCACUUCGAUUUGGAAAAUUUACAAGUGGAAAAUGUCAAACGGCUCAACAAUUCAGUGUUAUGUAACGACCAAAUAAUGUGGGCAUGUUCAGAUAUCAUAGUUUCGACACCUGACAUAUUCUUGAACAGCUAUAAAGAUAACAGAAGUAAUAAUAAUAUUCUUCCCUCCAUUAUAAUAUUUGAUGAAAUAGAUAUGCUAUUUCAAAAUAAUGCUUACAGAAAUACAAUGAUGAACAUUUUCCAUAUUAUUAAAAAGAGACCUGAGAUUUAUAAUCCACAUGUGGACAUAAGUAAUCAAAACAUAGAAAACAUUAAUGAAACGAUUGAAAGAAUGUUAAUCAAUCGAGAAGUGAAUUAUGGAUCUGGUAGCAGUUACAAUGUAGAGGACAAAAAAAGAGGAAGAAACUCUUUCGAUAGUUUAAACAGCAAUUUUUCUCCUUCUGCCAAUUUACAACAUGCAAAUUGUGCAGAAGCAUAUGAUGAAACAAAGACAGAAAUACCCCAGGUGAAAAAAACUAACGGCGGUAUCUCCUCUAAUGAAAAUGUAACCAUUACAGCUAGUGGCAAGUAUCAUGGUGAAGAAUAUGCCAAAUAUAAGAAUAACAGCUGUAGCGCUACUACUGGUAGUGCUAUUGCUCAGGUGGCUGACCCCAUGAACAACUGCUAUCAGGAGAGAGAUUACAGUAAAGGGGUGAGGGAAAAAAAGGAGUAUAUACCGCUGAACCAACUAAUAUAUGUUUGCUCGACAUUACCCUCAGUAGGUCACACCACAGCUGGAAGUAUGUUGGCCGAAAGAUUCAACCAUUUGAUUGAAAUCGUGUGUAAGGGGAACUACAAAAUAGCUAAGAACAUUUGCACACAGUGGGUGGAGUUAAAUAGGGAAAAGAUUUUAAAUCUGUAUCUAUAUAACAGUAAUAAAUAUAAUAAUGAUAAUAAUAGCUGUAAUACCAUUAAUAGGAGCAUUAUUCAUAGUAGUAAUAGAGAUAACACUAUCGGAAGUGCUAAUUUAAAGGAUUUCUCCCUUUCAAGUAGAAUAAACGAAUUGGAAAAUUCAUCCUUUGAGCAUAGAUUGGAUAUCUUAAUUUACAUUUUAAAAAAAUAUCAUGAACAAACUUUAAAUUUCGAAGUUUACCAACGUUCAGAAUAUUCUGAACACAGUCAUGUUGAUGUGAAAAAGAACGAAAAAGAGGUAAGAGAAGAGCAGGUAAAUGAAAAAAAUGUUAGCGAAAAACAGGUGAACGAAAAAAAGCGUCCUCUUGACCUAUCGAGUAAAAAAAAAUUUUCCCUGAUUGAUAAAUACCCAAUAUAUAAAACAAUAGUUUUUGUUAAUAGUAUAAAGGACUGUAUUAAAAUUUUUUCUUUUUUAAAAAAACAUAAUUGGCCAGUUUUUUCUUUUCAUAAAAAUUUAUCAUUGAACUCAAGAAUUCAAAACUUACAUAAAUUCUACUAUUCAAAAGUAGGUAUAUUAAUAACUACAGAUUUAUUAAGUAGAGGUAUUGACACAAAGAACAUAGAUCAUGUCAUAAACUUUCAUUUCCCGUCUGAUGCUAUUACCUAUAUACACAGAUUAGGUAAGAUGAACAGGUUAAACAGUCAUACGAGUUCGGAAUAUGGUAGAAGUCGGAUUAGUGGCAACAUGCAUACCACUUAUUCACCAAAUGGGGAUGACUGUAUUGACGACAAUGACAAAAAUGACAAAAAUGAUGAUUGUUAUAAUGAAAAUGAACAACACGAUGAUCAGAACCACCAUAAUGUCCAACUGACAGGAAGAAACACACCUAGUUGUAUGCACUGGGUGAAAAGCUCUCAAAAAAAAGUAGAAAAAAUGAAAUACCACAACGAAGAUUUAACAGAUAAGCGAAAAAAAAAAAAAAAAAAUUUUCUUGUUACAAAUUUUAUCUCUACUUCAAAUUUACCCUUAGCUCACUCGAUCAGAAAUUAUAAUAAUAAUGACUUAAAUUUGUUAUCACUUUUUUCGAGAAAAAAAUCUUUUAAGAUGAAAAUAAAAAGGAAUAAUGACGAGACUAAUAAGAACAAAUAUAUCUAUGUUGACUCUGUUGAUGACGUAGAUCUAGAUAUAAACAAUCAUAGACUUAAUACACUCCUUCAUCAAAUGAGUGAGACAAACGAUCAUAGGCAAAUGAAUAACGGUCACUUGGAAGGUGUGUCAUCAUGCGCGAGUACCCAAAACAACGCCUACGUACAAGCCCCCUUCACAGUUUUUUCGCUGGAAGAUGAUGAUGAGGAGGAGGACGAUAACGACAGUGAUGAUAAGAAUGACGAUAAUGAUAAGAAUAAUGAUCAUGAUGAAAGGGAAAGUCGCUAUCCCAAAGCGGAAUGGAACAGUGGUACGUUGAGUGCCGAUCCAGGGGAACAUUCUAUCCAAAAUUCGAAUGAAAAUGCAUUUUCAACUGGUGUACGAGCAAAAAACGUUACGAAGAAAUUUGAUGACUUCACGGAUGAUCAUACGCAAAAUUCAUACACAAAGUGUACUCAAGAGUACACCGGAAAAAAUAAAAAAAAUAAAUUAAAUAAAAUAGGCAAAAAUCAUGAUAACCACAAUGCGGAUAUUUCAUGCAAUCAUGUUAAAGAGAUGUAUGAAGGAAAAAAAAAUUUUGAUCAGAAUAAACCAAUUCAAUAUCCUAACCUUCGUAGAACAGCUAAUCUGACAAUCCCGUCAUGGGAUGAUGUUAAAUUUGACCAUAAAAAAUUUGUUGUUGAGAGAUUUAAAAGCAAGGACUGCUAUCUGGUGAGUCAAGUUAAAAGGGGAAAGCUAAUUUUGAAUAAUUUUGAUAAUAAUAACGAUAAUGAGGAUGAACUUUUGUUUUGA